AUGUGCGACCCGAUUCGACCCUAUUUUGAUGACAUUGUGCAGGCCAGCUAUGUCGAAGGGUUGCAUAAUCUUCUCAUCCAGUCGACAGCACCCGACACGGUUCAACUCAAAGCGGCUACCGCACAACUAAACAAGGAAUAUUACAAGACACCACUAUGCAUCCCCGCUUUGGCGACGAUCUUGGCAAGCUCACCUUCGGAUGCGGUGCGGCAACUUGCGGCGGUUGAAAUGAGAAAACGCGUUGCUCAAAACAGCGGCGACUUCUGGACACAACUGCCUCAAGCUAAUCGUGAGGAGAUUAAAGUCAAGCUCCCGGAAGUCUGUCUAUCUCAAUCUAGUAACCUGACUCGCCAUUCCACGGCUCGGGUCAUCGCCGCUAUCGCUGCCAUCGAGAUUCCCCUCGGAACUUGGCCUCAAUUGCUCCCGUUCUUGUACCAGACAGCGACCUCACCUCAGGUCCCCCAUCGCGAAAUCGGAGUCUUCGUUCUCUUCACUGUCUUGGAGAAUAUUGUAGAAGGCUUCCAGGAUCAGCUGCAGGCGCUUUUUCAACUCUUCAACAACCUUCUCAGCGACCCCGAAAGUCUUGAUGUCCGAAUCACCACAGUCAGGUCCCUCGGAGUGAUCGCACAGUAUAUCGAUGUUGACGAUAAGGCUGAAGUGAAGGCAUUCCAGGCACUGUUGCCUGCGAUGAUAAACGUGAUUGGGCAAUGUGUCGAAUCUGGAAACGAAAAAGGUGCCCGGGAGCUAUUCGAUGUGCUCGAGGUGUUAUUAAUCCUCGAAAUCCCGGUGCUCGGCUCGCACAUACCCGAGCUCACGAAGUUCCUGCUCACCUGCGGAGGCAACCGCGAAUACGAAAGCGAACUUCGUGUUUUCGCCCUGAACGCUCUUAAUUGGACUGUGCAAUAUAAAAAAACCAAGAUACAGAGUCUAGGACUUGCACCCGUCAUCCUGCAAGGCGUCAUGGGUAUUGUUACCGAGGACACCCCCAGUGAUUUGGACGAGGAUGCCCCGGGCCGCUCUGCUCUACGCAUUAUCGACCGACUCGCGACAUCCCUCCCGCCCACGCAAGUGUUCCCUCCGCUUCGCGACCUCAUACAAGAGUAUUUUUCUUCGCCGAACCCUGCCCAGCGGCGAGCGGCUAUGCUUGCUCUCGGAGUUUCAGUGGAGGGAUGCAGUGAAUAUAUGACUCCGCUCAUGCAACAUAUCUGGCCAGUUAUCGAGCGAGGUUUGCAGGAUCCCGAUGCCAGUGUGCGGACAGCUUCAUGCACUGCUAUUACAUGCUUGUGUGAAUGGUUGGAGGAGGAGUGUGCCUCGAGACAUGCCGUCCUCGUCCCGACUAUCAUGAACCUCGUCAGCGAUGCGGAGACACAAAAGUAUGCUUGCACAGCUCUUGACGCCCUCUUGGAGAUUCUUCAAGAUCAGAUCGAUCAGUAUCUACACUUGAUUAUGGAGCGCCUCGCUGGUCUCCUUGAUACGGCCCCGGUCAAAGUCAAGGCCGUCGUCACUGGAGCAAUCGGUAGUGCUGCGCAUGCCUCCAAGGAGAAAUUUACGCCGUACUUUCAGCCGACCAUGGAGCGCCUUAAGCACUUUUUGGUGCUUACAGGAGAGGGCGAGGGCGAGGAAGAGCUCAGAGGGCUCAGCAUGGACGCUGUGGGCACAUUCGCGGAGGCCGUCGGCGCAGACGUGUUUCGACCGUAUUUCCCAGACCUGAUGAAGCAAGCUUUCCAAGGCACGGAGAUGGGGAGUGCGAGGCUUCGGGAAUGUAGCUUCCUGUUCUUCGGCGUCAUGGCGAAGGUUUUCGAGGAUGAAUUCGCGCCUUAUUUGCCGAACGUUGUUCCCUUGCUCGUGGCCAGCUGCGAGCAGGAAGAAAACGGCACUGAGCCUUCCAAUCUCACGGCUCCGGACGCUGCCGCGUCAUUCGCCACUGGCGCCUCGCCUGCCACUGCCAUCGUCGUCCGAGAGACGGAGAUCAAUGUAGACGAAAACGACGUGGACGACGAUAAGGCCCUCGAUAUCAACAGCGCUAUCGCCGUGGAGAAGGAAAUUGCGGCGGACACAAUCGGCAUGCUCUUCAGCGCCACGAAGAACCAUUUCCUUCCUUACGUUGAACAGUGCACCCUGGUACUCGUCAAUCUCCUUUCUCAUUACUACGAGGGGAUUCGAAAGUCGGCUUGUGAAAGUCUAUUGGAAAUUGUCAGAACAUUCUACGACCUCAGCGGUCCUCAAGAAUGGCAACCGGGCUUGAAUUCCCAACCCCUCCUUGACCAGCACGUCAAAGAUCUCAUCGCUCACGUGAUGACCCCGCUCAUGGAAGUAUUAGAAGCCGAAGAUGACAAGGCUGUUGUUUCGGCUCUAUGUGUGGGUCUCGCCGAGACCGUGAACAAGAUUGGACCCGCAUUCGUCGACGGCAACCUGGAUGUAAUCCAUAGCGUGUGCACGCAGAUCUUCGAACAGCGGGCGUUGUGUCAGCAAGAUCCCGAUCAAGACGAAGAAGAUGAAGCCCUAGAGGACCAGUCUGAAAUGGAUUCUGUCCUGAUCUCUUCCGCCGGCGACCUGAUCGCCGCUGUAGCCAACGCCCUAGGGCCCGACUGGUGCCAGGUCUUCGGGGUAUUCUAUCCAUUGAUUUCCAAAUUCUACAAGAAGGGACGUUCCCUAAGCGACCGAUCAUCUGCCAUCGGAUGCCUUGCAGAGAUCAUUGCUGGUAUCAAGAGCGGUGUUACCCAAUGGACGGAGCCUCUUCUGGAGCUCUUCUACCGCGCAUUAAGCGACGAGGAGGCCGAGGUCCAAAGCAACGCUGCGUUCGCAUCCGGUCUCCUCGUCGAGCAUUCGGAUACCGAUCUCUCAGCUCAAUACAUCGCGCUUUUGGGCGCUCUACGACCGCUUUUCUCUGUCACACCAAAUGCACCUACCGCGCGCCUGAACGCUCAGGAUAAUGCAGCCGGUGCAGUUGCGCGGAUGAUAUUGAAGAACACCUCUGCGGUUCCAUUGGAUCAAGUUCUUCCCAUUUUCGUCGGUGCCUUGCCCUUGAAGCACGACCCGCUCGAGAACGGUCCUGUCUUCCGCGCGAUAUUCCAUUUAUUCCGGACAAAUCCGCAAUCACUGGCCCCUCACUUGGAACACCUGCUUCAUGUUUUCGCAUAUGUCCUGGAUCCUUCGCAUGCGGAGGAGAUCAAUGACGAGGCGCGGUCGGAGUUAGUGAGUCUGGUGAGGGCGUUGCAUGCAGAGAAUCCUGCGGCGGUGCAAAAUGCGGGUUUGGGCGUUUUCGUGCAGUAGAGGCCCCGGUUAUUCCUUCCAUGUUAUCUGGUAUCGAAUUGUUGCUGUAGGGUACUUGUUCUGGGUCAUUGCUUACGCUAAAUCUGGCGGGAUUUCACGAUUCGAGAUGCAAUU